CGGGAGAGAAAGAAGAAGAGCAAGAAGGAGACGAUCGACUGCCGCAACCGAACCACUGCGCACCGAGCCAACACAACACCCACCACAAUGGAGUGUGUUCCGGACCAUCGCCGUUUCCGUGCCUCGCAUCCCUGGCCCUCUCCGUUCGGAUUGGGAGCCUCCUCCCCCGCAUUCCAACCGGACCGCAGCAGCGCCCGGGGGACACCGCGCGCCGGUUCGGCAAAGCGCCAGAGGGGCUGGGAGCUUGACCACCCGCGGCACGAGCGAGUGGAAGAACCGGGGCAUUGUCCACCGGAACACCACGUCAUUCUUUCGUCUUCCCAGGAGGAGGAGGAGGAGCACGACGAAUCCCCGAUGCACCGCGGAGACGAUGACUUCUUCUAUGGCGAGUUCCGACCCAGCGCCGGCAAGCGACAACGCUUGGCCCCGCCCCCCGGCGAGAUCGCCGACGUCCCGCCCAGAAGCAGCGAUGCGGAUUUGUUCUCCCCGGAAGAACCGCGGCUCGUCCCGAUGGAAGAUUGGUUUCCGGUUUCGGGAGAAGCCUUUGGAGACACCGGCGCAAGCGAGCGCUUCGAGAGCGAGCACGAAUGCGAGCACGAGCACUCGGAGUGGUGGAAGAACCGCCCCCCCCCUGCAGGCCCCGACUCUUCGGUCUCCCGGCGGUGCGUCGUGGAGCAGGAGGCCCGGGCUUCCGGAACAAGGGGGCUUUCCCCCGGGGGCACCACCGAGGCCUCCUGCCACGUCUGCCACAGGGCCUUCCGGCUGCCCCCCCCGGCCCCUUUGGCGAGCGUCAUGCCCGCGAACGCCCUCCUGAACUACUUUGCCCCCCUCCGCCCGCAGAAGGGCCGCGACGYUCCCAUGGCCAAGGGGGCCCCCCUUCCGGCCUCCAAGGGGAUCUGCGCCUGCUGCGACCGGCCGGUCUGCAAGGGGUGCCGCAAGCGGUGCGGGGCCUGCGCCAAGCACUUUUGCUCCUUUUGCACCAUCACCGUGGGCGAGCACGAGGGAGAGGUCCCCGGGACCUUUUGCCUGGACUGCUGCUAGUYCCCGCCGCGGGGAUUUUCGGGAGUGUUGGGCGGUUGUGGGUUGCUCCGUCGAGCGAACCCAAAUACAAUACAUUGUGCAUG